CCAAUCGCUGUCAGAGCGCAUCGAUGGGCGUUCCUCGCGUGCUGAGUACCUAUGCAGGCCAGGCGUCACGUUUGUAUGUUGUCAAAGUUAAUGUGUGAAGCCGCAACAUGUUUAGCGGCAUCCACCCGGUGACGGUUGUGUUUAUCAACGCUAAAAACUGCUUCCUCCAUGUACCCGCUAAGUUAAUUUCCCAUCUGUCACUGAACGAGAACCAGGCCUUGGAGUUUUCCAGCAGCCAUGACAGCCCUCCGGCCUUCCUCAGCUGGACUGUGAGCCACAGCUCCUGCGGCUUGGACGACCACCGCGUGGAGCUGUGCAGACACCUGGCAGAGAAGCUGGGCCUGCAGGACGGACAGGAGGGGUUCUUGAGGGCCUGUCAGCAGGUGUCGUCGGUGCAUCGAGUGUUUGCGGAGCCGCUCUCGGCUGACGACUGGGAGAUCUUGGAGCUCCAUAGUGGCGCACUGGAGCAGAAGCUUUUGGAUCAAAUUCGAGUGGUGUUCCCAGGUGCUGUUUUUCCCGUAUGGGUAGAUGGUUACACAGUCAUUUACAUCCAAAUAGCAUCCCUGUCGCCUUCGGUUCCUUAUGGUCGCCUGGAGACCUUCACGGAACUCGCGGUGACGCCCAAGGAGCACGCCGGACGCCCUGAAGGGCCUCCCCGCUUCCACUCGGCACCACCGCCCACACCUGCAGCCCCCCCUCAGCAAUGUGGCGGCGUAACGGACUGGAAAAGUCUGUUUGGCUACGUGACAAAUGGCACGGGUGCCCCGCUUAAAGAGCUCCCAUCAGUACCAGACGUCCCCGCCGUGCUUGCCGACGCCCUCUACAGAGUAUGCGGCGCACCGCCUCCGUCUCUGGCUGCCGCCGGCCACGUGGCACCCGGCGUGCUUCACGUCUUCCCGUUGAGCCAUGUGUCGGAUUUCCACAUCGCCGAAGCUCGGCCGGAGCUGACGUACGGACUGCUGUCCAAAGUGCUUUCGCCCACGGAGCGAGCUAACUUAGAGAAGAAGAAGAGCUCCGAGGAGGCGAAAGGACGGGAGGCCACGGUUGUGCGCUUGGUGUGCCACGGGAGCGAUAUGCAAAGACGACGCACGGAGGGAGACAUCCACACCGGUCGAGUCUGGAUUCCUCCAGCCUUGUCUGUCAGGCUCAACAUCCUCCCACAUUCAGCCGUGAGAAUAAAGCCGGUCAAGUCCACCGUCAAAGUGGCGACCUUCAUUCAACUCCAGCCUCUAACAGCAUUGAUGGAGGCGGAGGAGUCUGAGGAGGAGGCCGUCCAGACGGCCUUCCUUGAUUGGCUGCACAGCCAGACUCACCAACCUUUGGCCUGCUUGACGCCACGAGUCGGCUCCGUCCUCAUACACGCCACCGACGACAAGUUGGAGUUUGCUGUCACGGUGCUAAAACCAGAAGCUGAGAGCGAAGCGCCCGACCAGCUGUUUCUGCUCUCACCUUCCGUCUUACAGAAGAAGCACAUCAAGGCAGUCCGGGAACCAGCAUCCGCACCCGCUGCUCAAGCGGACCCGCCAAAACAAGAUCUGCCCUCUUUAGAUUGUCUCGGCGGUGUGGACGAGCUAAGCCGACGAGGUUUUGAGUUCAUCUCAUUUAGUCUGCUGGUGACUCCGUUGGCCAGAGAGCUGCUGGGAGUCAUUGGACGAGGACUCAAAGGAGGAGCGCUGCUCAUCACCGGCGCUCAGGGCAGUGGAAAGAGCACCCUGUCCCGCGCCCUCUGCAGAAAAGCCGCAGACGAGCUGGACGCGCACGUGGAAGUUUUGGAUUGCAAAAAGUUACAAGGCAAAAGGGUGGAGAGCAUCCGCCAGACGCUGCGGGACGUUUUCACGCGGGCAGAAUGGAAGCAGCCCUCCGUGGUCCUCCUGGACGACUUGGACCACGUGAGCCGGGCGCCGACCACGCCUGAACACGAGCACGGCCCAGAGGCGCUGCUGCACCUGCACGUGGCGCAAAGCUUGUUGGACCUCGUCAACGAGAUGAUGGAGGAGGACACGCUGAUGUGCUUGAUAGCGACCAGUGAGAGCAAACGCUCUUUACACGGCACGCUCACGCAAGUGCAAGGAACGCACUUCUUCCAGGCCUUCGUUCACAUCCAACCGCCCGACAAGACCCAGAGAGCAGACAUCCUCUUUCAUGCCAUCCAAACGAGGUGCGGCCCGUCACAGCCGGAUUCUGAGUAUGUGGACCUGGCCGCUGUUGUCAAGGAGACAGAGGGCUACCUGCCUCAAGAUCUCCAGCUGCUGUUAGAGCGAGCCCUCCACACUAACGCGGCACGUCAACAACAAAAUGACAGCUUCGAUGAGCCUCUGUCGGGUCAGGACUUUGCAGAGGCAUUUGAUGACUUCAUCCCGCCAUCCAGGUGGGGGGCAGACCUCCAUAGUCCCAGCGGAGGGGGGCUGGAGACGGUGGGGGGACUGACGCAAGUGCGGCAGCAGUUGAUGGACACCAUUUUGCUCCCCGCCAAGUAUCCCGUCCUGUUCUCCAAGCUUCCCAUCCGCCAUCGCUCAGGAAUCCUGUUGUAUGGCGCGCCCGGCACAGGAAAGACGCUGCUGGCCCAUGCCGUCGCCAAAGACAGCGGCAUGAACUUCAUCAGCAUCAAAGGUCCAGAGCUUCUGAGUAAAUACAUCGGCGGAAGCGAGCAGGCGGUGCGAGACGUUUUCCAAAGGGCUGAGGCGGCCAAGCCUUGCGUGGUCUUCUUUGACGAGUUUGAUUCGUUGGCACCCAAGAGGGGUCACGACAGCACCGGCGUGACCGAUCGUGUCGUCAACCAGCUGCUUACUCUACUGGAUGGCGCCGAGGGCUUGCAAGGUGUUUACGUGCUGGCUGCCACCAGUCGUCCGGACCUCAUCGACCAGGCUCUGCUGCGUCCAGGCCGACUGGACAAGUCGCUCUACUGCCCUCCGCCCGGCGAGGAGGACCGCUUGGCCAUCCUGAAGAUUCUGAGCGCUGGUGUCCCCUUGGCCCUUGACGUGGACCUGGAGGAGCUGGCGGCGCGGACCCACGGCUUUACCGGCGCCGACCUGAAAGCGCUGCUCUACAACGCCCAGCUGGAAGCGCUAAACGCCGGCCCAGAGACUACGUGCGACAUGAGCCUGUCCUCCAUGAUGUUCCCCAACAACAGCAGUGGUUCCGACGAGCUGGCGGACGACGGCGAGGGAGACAGCUACGUGAGCCCGGAGUCUGCCGACCUUCUGGUGUCGGACAAAAGUCACCACCAAAAUGGCGGCGAUGCCUGGAGGCUCUACUUUGGAAGCUCCUUUGAGUCUGUCGAAGACAGUCGUGUCUCCGAACAUGACUCGGACAGUCCGACCCCCGAGUGCAGUUUCUCCCUGCCUCCCCUUGCCAUGGCUUCCCUCCAGAGCGGCUUCCGGGAGCUCAGCAACGAGGAGCUGCAGCGUCUCCAGCGGGAGGUGGCAUGCAUCAAGCUCAACCACCGCCGAGCCAAUGGGGAGCGUGUGCGUACCCACUCCAGCUUAAGCCAGCCGGGCUUCCUGCUGCGUCGCUGCCACUCGCUUGCUGCUCUGGACACCACCAGGCCGUCGCUUGGCAAGGACGACUGGAGCCGAUACACGACACUGUACGAGGCGUUUUCGGGAGGCAGGACUGCUACGCAAACAUUCCAACCGGGACAACGCAUCACGUUAGCGUGACCACGCACCGAAACAGGCAGUUGUUUCUUAUUAUCUUUUCUUUUUUUUUUUUUUGGUUUUUUUUAUUUCUUGUUGCUGUUUCAACUGCACUCUUCUCGGACAAUGUCUGCCCAAAUUGUUUGUAUUUGGAGAUUCUAAAAUAAAGUUAAAAAAAUCCAA